AUGUUAACGGAAGUAUGCACAGAUAUUAUUGAUAUUCCAUCAAUAAAUGUAAAAUCAAAAAAUAACUAUAAAACUUUAAUAAAAGGAAAUCGACAACAGUCAAAUUCAAAAUGGAAAGCAAAAGUUGAUAAUUACAAGAAUUUAAGAGUAGGUAUAGGAGCAUGUGUUGUUAUUACAGAGAAUAUGUGUAAAGUAGAUCGAUUAGUCAAAGGAGCUUUUGACACAAUUGUUGAAAUUAUCAUGUAUCCGGUCACGAAAGUGGUCCAGACAGUAAGAGCUACAUUUGAUAAUCCUGCCUGUGGAUUUCAACAUCAACAAAUGAUCAAGUCAGCCACGGUUUAUAAUGUUUGUAUUAAUUUUAUGUUACUUGAAGGCUUUGAAAUACUCGAUUCACCAGCAUGGACAAUGAAGACAAUAUAA